CCAAAGAGUAUGUAGUGACUGACUUUUCAGUCAACAGCCAACAUGCUUACUAUAUAACUACCCAGCAUCUGGGAGAUUCGGACGCCAUGACUAUAGCGAAACACGCGGAAGACAUAGACUUUGCAAAGACGCUGAACGCCAACACGCCUUGAUCAAUAUGGCAGCCCUUGGUACGCUACCAAACGAAAUUCUCUCGUUAAUCACGGGCCAUCUUGAGCGUCCGCAAGACCUGCUAUACCUUUCGUUGGCGAGCCGACGAUUGUCCGAAUUCGCACAACUGGACGGGUGGAAGGCAUUUCUCAAGGGACGCUUCGGUCUUUGCGGAUUAGAUUCGGACGCCCCAAGUUCGGUACAUGGCUUGACAACGCUCUACCGGAAUUGGGAUAGUAAAGGCUUCAUCGCAAGAUAUCUGGAGCCAUCUGUCAAGACAACAAGUCUCAACAGCUGGCAGUCAAAGAUAUGGAGAGAACCGCAAGGCCAGACGAUGGGUUAUCAGCCCAGUAUCGACAGCUAUGAAGAGAUCUAUGGAGGCUGGGGUGAGCGAAGGGAGGUGCUCGUGUGGUCUGCUGGCACGCAGAUUGUCAUGAGGAUCAAAGAGGCCGGAUUGAACAUAGACAAGAUUCGCAAACAAGAAGACCAUGUGGAUCAAAGUCCAGACCAAACGUGGAAUUACGAUGCCUUCAAACAUCUCAACUCGUGGUUCACAUACAAGACACCCAACAGCUUUGAGGGAAGAGAUGACAUCACAAGCUUGAAGCUACUUCGACCAUAUCAACGGGAUCUGGCUUCGGAAGAUGUGGUAUUUGGAACUGCGUCGGGGCAGCUGUCGCUGCUUAGUUUGAAUUCGGGGCGAGGUGAGACCCUGGAGCAAAAGUACGAGACUGGCCGCCGGGUUGUUACGUCUAUCUCCAUUAGUUCGUCUAGCUCGCCCAUGCUAGCCGCUACGCUUGGAGACUCAUCGUUGGCGCUAUAUCCCAUCGAUCAGAACAGUAUCUCCGACCACCCUGUGGAGCCUGUUGCUCAGAUUACGCCUAUCAUCCCCGGUGCUCGGAUUAGUCGACUUUGGUCUUGCAACUUCUUGUCAAAGGACAGGGUUGUUGUCGGGCUCGGCCCAUCGGACGAGCCAAUUCAUAUCUACGACAUUGCAACCGAUGGUUUCUUAUCCGAACCACUUCGCACGUUCAACCUUGAGUCUAAGUUUUGGCAGGGCUCUGAGACUGGCAUGAGUGCUCAACACAGGACCUCAGUUCAUCCAAUUCUUGCAAUGCCAAGCACUAUGCAAGGUGGCUCGGAAGGAGGGAAUACCUUUUUAUCUGGAGGUUAUGACGGUAUCAUUAGACUACACGAUAUACGCUCACCUCGCGGUUUCGAAACCAUGUUUUGGGACCCCACGAACGACUCCUCAAUCUACUCACUAGCAGCUCAAGGACUCGAACGCAUCGUAGCAGGCGUCUCAAUGCAUAGCAUGAUAAAGGUAUUUGAUUUGCGAUUCUCGGGAUCACAUGCAUACCACACUGUCCAGUUACCCCACAAGAAACCCAAGGACAAGCCUCAAGGUAAAGACUUCGCCUCCAGCCCUAUCGUCAAUAAUAGCAAGAGCAAAGCAUCUACAGUAUGUGGUGGUUGGAAUCUGUAUCUCAACCCGCGGGUCCCGCCAAAACGUAACGCGUAUCGGGAUGACUACUGGCGUGGCCGAGAAGACUCACCCGUUUACAGUCUCUCCAUUCCAUCGCCCACCUCGCAGAACCUGUACGCCGGCCUCGAAGGGUCGGUGCAAAGCCUAACGUUCCACGGCGUCGCUGACCCCCACCCGGACACCAUGCUCUCACAAUCCAGAACACGUUUUGUCAAUAGCGGAGCCGUCGACAUCCAAGCCUCGUACAACCCGCAAGGUGAUGCGUUAGAUCUUGGCAUGUAUGAGCAAGGGAGUGAAGAGGGCUUGGGCAUGCAAUUGCUGGUGCAAGACAGCGUGGCUACAGGAGCGGCGAAGAAUACGGAGCGCGGAGAUGCUGCACGAUCUCGGGGCCUAGACGAGCGCUGGAGAGACCUGCGAGACGAAGGCGAUCGAUGGGUUAGGGGACAAACUAUUCCACAAGUGCCACGGCGAGUUCCUGGGCGCGGAAGAGGUGUUAGAGGCAGAGGCAGAGGCAGAGGUGGGUAGGUAGAUAGAUGAUCUCGUUUAUAGACCAUACAUGAACCACAGACUCCCUGAUAGUUUCUGUAAUCCGAAUCCGUGAACAAUGUAGGCUACGAUCCGGAUUGAAAGCGAUAACCAUUUACAAGUCCAAAGUCCAAAGUCCAAAGUCCAUGUCGUAAAGAGGACUCUGAAGUGAAGCGGUGCGGUACGG